GUCAACAUCAGUCCCUUUUUAUUAUUCAUGUUCUUUCUUAACAUAAUCAGAUUUAUACAUUGUAUACUUGGACUUCCUCUGUGAAAUUUGUUAGCUUCUUGUUCACAUGAAAUCAUUUUCACAUAAUAGGGAUGAUAAGUACAAAACUUGAGUCUGGCAAGUCAUGUAGCCUUAGAGUUAGCCAAUGAAAACGCGGAAAGUUAUUCACUGCAAGAUGCAUGGUAGAUUCUCACAAUGUAUUUCAAUGGGCUGGAUGAAACUUGAUUAAAACUCGAAAAAGACCACAGGCUAUGGUAUACGUGUUCCUGCACAGAGAAGUUGAAAAUAUAAAAAGUCAAUAUAUAGGGUACAUGUUGCAUAAAAUACCCUUGUAUUGAUGACAUGGUGAAAAAUGCACGCUCUGAGCGAGGCACCUGUUAUAGGUUUGGAUAUGUUAAACCUUUAUAAAUAUAUACCUUUGAUUUGUGCAUCUGGAAUAACUACACGUGCAUUAGUUUACCCUUUUUCUCUCAUAAAGACCAGGAUUCAAGCACAGACUCAAACUGCUGUGUACAAUGGCACCCUUGAUGCCUUUGGCAAGAUAAUUCGGAAAGAAGGGGUACGAGGGUUGUACAGGGGACUUUUGUCACAAAAUGCACAGAUUAUUCCUGGUAUAGUAUAUAUAUGGACAUAUGAGAAUGUACGCCAGCUGCUAUCAACACAGGAAAAGUUUGAAUUUUUACACAACAGGUACUUGCUUUUUGGCCUUGGUGGUGCUUCCGCCGCCAUAGCUGGUCAAACUUUAGGCGUCCCAGUUGAUAAUGUGGUGCAAUACAGACAACUAGGACACAAGACUAAAAAGACACAUAUGAAGGCCCUUCCACCUGAAGUGUAUAAGCAAAGCUAUCCUUCUCUGGCCAUUAUACAGCACCUAUGGAGGUCAGAAGGUCCACUUGCCCUGUGGAAAGGGUAUUUUGCAACCUUGAGUAUGGUCAUACCCAGUAGUGCUUUGUGGUGGUGGAUUUAUGGAUAUAACUCGGACAUAUUGACAUACUACCUCUCUGCCAAAGUCCCCAUGACUGGCAUACAGUGUGGCGCAGGACUGUCAGCUGGUAUCUGUGCGACCUGUGUUACCAAUGUUUUAGAUAUAAUUAGACUUAGAAUACAGACUGAAAGGAAGACAUAUAUUUAUACAGCUAGAACAUUGUGGAAGGAAGAGGGGAUGAGCAUGUUUUACAAGGGAUUAUCUGCUCGCCUGGCACACUCGCUGCCCUUUUCUUUUACUAUUAUCUUUUUAUAUGAGAGCAUAAAGAAAUUCAGCGUAAAAGAAGAAUUCAAAGAUAAGGUUAAGUGGUAAAGUAGAUUUAUAUGGUUAAAACAAUAACUGAUGGGAUUUGAAUUUACCUCCAUUUAUAAUUAAUUAGAAUUUCCAGCAUCUGAAAGUUGCAUUUCUUUGUGAUUAUUACCAGUUCGUAAUGAUCACAAUAUCAUUCUCAGGUUGAAGAUGAUGUUGGUACUAGUGCUCCUAGGUCCAUGAAAAAGAUUAGAUUGAAAUGGUACUACAAAAAUAUGGAGGAAUUUUUUAAAUUUUAUUGGGUGACAGGUGUUACUUUUGGAAAAUUUAAUGUGGAGUUUAUUCAGAAUAUGAAUUGAAUUAAAAAAUUAAAAACAUACUUAAUGCAAUCUAUCUUUGGACUUAAAAACAACUUGAUGUUUUUCAUAGAUUCCAUUAUUGAAAAAGAACAAUUCAGCCAGGAGAAGUAAACUAACAUACAAAUAUUUUUUUAGGUAAAAUGCUUAAUACAACUAAAAAUUAAAACAACAGAAUUGCUUUCUUACAGAACUUCCAUUACAAGAAUGACUACACAUCACUUUUUGUAGGUAAUGACUUUAUCAGUAGUAAAUCCAUGCUAUUACAUUGACCUUUGUGUAUGGUCAGGAGGUGGUGCUCAAAUGUUGCCAAUGGAAAAAAUGAUCCAUUAUGAAUAUUCUUUUUAAAUAAUAAAACAUUUAAGUCAUGUUUGUACUUACACUGAAAAGAAGCAUCUAUUUUGAUAGCUCUUCUUGUUUAAAGCAUUGUGCGAUGUGCCAGUAGGAGCGAUUUAUUUGAUCCACAAUUUUAUUUCUUGGUUACUUCGAAAAAGCUGACAAAUGUUGGAGUGGUCUUUUUUUUUCAUCCUUGUCAUAAUUUAAAGCAAUGUUUAGCAUGUUAUUGCAGCAGUUUCUUUAGAUUCAGCUCAAUUUUGUCAUUAUUCCAGGCUGAGGUUUUAGAAUCAAACUUUUCAGUUGAAAGGGUAUAAUUUAUUAUGAAUAUUAUGUGAAGGCAUUUUUAAUUAUUCAAUAAAACUAUUUUUAAAAUGUUUGAAUUCGUACAAUCUUAGUGAAAACUACGAAACCCCCAGUCAAUGAAGAUUAUCAGUUGGUCAGUCAUAGUAUAUCUAUACACUUGCAGUUAUGAUCAUUCUGUUAUAAAUGCAACUUAUUUAGUGGAAUCCUGGAAUUUGGAUAUUUUCAUUGAAUGCUGUGGGACCUAAGGUGUCCCAGGACUCUCAGCUGAUUAAAAAAAAAAAAAAAAA